UUGGGGGACGUCCGCGUAGCUCGUCACGCUGGCUGAGAAACCAGCAAAGACAUGACAUAACUGGAACAACUUUAUAAACGUUACUGGAGUAACUUUAUUAAGCAGGAGCAAGCCUGUUUUCAGAGAUGUGGUGGUUCCAGGAGGGCCUGUGCAUCCUGCCUGUUGCACUGGUGGUGUGGACAGCAGCUACCUUCAUCUUUGCCUACAUCACAGCUGUAAUUCUCCAGCACGUGGACCCCUUUGUCCCUUACAUCAGUGACACAGGAACAUUGCCCCCGGAGAGAUGCGUGUUUGGGAUCAUGCUCAACGUGUCUGCAUUCCUUGGCAUUGCCACUAUGUAUGUGCGCUAUAAGCAGGUGCAGGCACUCACCGAUCAUGCAGAGAAACGCCUGCUGCAGCUGAACUUUGUCGGCCUUGUGCUCGGAACCAUUAGCUCCUUCGGCAUGUGUGUGGUGGCAAACUUCCAGAAAACCACACUUUUCUCCAUGCACCUGGUGGGGGCAGCGUUGACGUUCGGAGUGGGAGCGCUGUACAUCGUGGCACAGACGCUGCUGUCCUUCUGGAUGCAGCCGCACAUCCACAGUAAGCGGGUGUUUGUGACGCGCCUGGCCCUUGGUCUCUGGACACUCAUCAGCAUCAUCAGCAUGUUUAUAUCAUCUGUGAUCAUGUACAGCAGCCUGCCAGGAGUGGAAGUGUCCAAAAAACUCCACUGGGACCCAGGGGAACCUGGUUACACAGCUCACAUGGUGAGCACAGCCUCUGAAUGGUGUCUGGCCUUUUCCUUCAUCAGCUUCUUCCUCACCUAUAUCAAAGACUUCAAAAAGAUUAAGCUGAGGGCAGAGGUGGACCUUCAGAGCAUCCAUUUGCAUAACUCCACCUAUUACAUCUUACCUGGAGAAACCUCCCCCCUACUUGCUGGGUCCAUCUAAACAAAAACACAGAAUGCUGGAUAGACCCAUCCAAAUAUACAGGUAUUUUGUGAAUUAAAUCAAAACACGUUCAAAAAUGUUGGAAUGGCUCCAACAGGUUGCAUCUUCUAAGAUACAGAAAAACUUUAAAUCAAAAGCCAAGACUGUACAGUAGGAGAAAAGAAGGGUCAUUCCUGUUUGAGUCUAUAAAAUGGCAAGUUAUCCAGAUAAGUGUUUACAAAUCCUGUUCUCUGGGUGCCCAGAAAGCCCAGAUUGUUAUUUUCCAAUUUCCCCACAUACUGAACCACUGAAUGACUGGUUCAUUCACCUGGAGGAGUGUGAAUCUGUUGGGAGUCCCUAUUAUUGAUUAAAAUUUCUCAGUUAUAUAAUUGGGAAAGUAAUUAAACAGAUUCAGAAAACUGAGGAAUCUUGAUCCGACCCUAGAUCACUCUGUCCUGAUGUCUUUGACAAGAGAAAAGGCUUUGAAAAUUUGCCUGAUAGAAAUGGUUUAAUAAUCCCACACCAAUUACAGUUUACUGUUCAUCUACUGACUGCUGAAAACAUUAUGGAUCUACAACAUAGAACGUACCAUACAACCACAUACCAUAAACUACCAAACUUCAGAAUGAUUUCCUACAUGCACACUGGCAGGUGCUAUGAACUUUAGAAAUUUUUAUGAAAGGGUUUUAACUCUACAUCAAAUUUUAAAGCCCAUUGUCCCUCACAUUUUUAUAUAUUCAGUGUAUUUAAGUAAAAAAAGAAAAAGAAAAAAAAGUUUGUACUGGAAUAGUAUUUGGAAUAGUUGUAAAAUCUUAGAUGCAUUGAACUGUUAGGAAUUUGCAUUAUGAAUUGAAAUCAAUUGUAACUAUGAGCCAAAUUGUUUGUAAUUGAAAUUAUGUAGUCAAACAUUUACACGGUGACUGAAAGUUUGAUUAGGAUUGUGGUUUUUGAUCUGGGUGUACAGUAUUUGCAAAAUGGCUAAUUUAAAUUGUUACUGUGGCCAACAGUUAAUGGUUGCAAGUUAGCAUCUUUCACAAAUUGGCCCACUUGCCUCUCUCAGGUCAGCUGGCUGCUAACUGAGGCAGACCAUUUACUUGUGUUAUGAGCGAUUCUGCAGAUCUGGGGUCGUCUUCCUCAGUGUGUGAAUUCUGUUAGCUGGAUAACUUAGAAAUAGUCAUGGUUGUCCUCUACAAGUCAGUAAAAUUACAAUUAAGCAAAUUUGAGAUUGAUGGAGAAACAUUUGAUGCAUUUGAAAAAUGUGAACCACAUGGCCUUGUUCUCAAAACACUUACCAAUGUUAAAUGAUAUUUACUGCUGAGAGGAAUCCCACCUAGAUUUAUACAUCCAUGAUCUCUCACCAUUUAAUAGGAGCCAUUAACCAGGCACUCGGUUACCAUCUGGUUUUAUUACUAUUAUAAGAAUUAAAGUGUAUUUUCAGUCAGUUGUGCAACAUCAAAAAUAGGCCUCAUAAGAACACAAAAAAACAAACACUGUCUGGGGGACUAGCAUUCUGCCAUUAACAAAUUAACCAUAUUCCAACCCCAGCAUUUUUUUUUUUUAGUUUAUAACAUGUUUCCAAAUGUAAUUGAAGAUGUGACAAAUAAAUGCUUCUUUUUUAA